AUGUCUCGAGAGACUUUGGAGUACAGGCCUGCUCAUUCUUGCGCUACACUAGCCAACGGAAUUUUGAUGGCAGAGCACGGGGACCAUGCAGCCGUGUCGCCAUCUCUUGAAGAACAGAUCAAAGCAUUUUUGCUGAUUAAUAUGCUGAAUUCGUGGUUUGCAUCCCAGGAACGGAUCCGUGCUGCUCAGGAAAGACUCUCUGCUUUGGGGUUAGAUAGUCACCUUGGGCUGCCUGAGGCUCAUCCAGCAGGCUACCAUUGCUUAGAAGGGUACCGUGCCCCAUAUAUUGCUCGCAGUGAUGGUCAUUUUGUGGCUGGUCAAGCAGUCGCUACUUUGGAGAGUUCGCAAGGUCUCACUGGCACGGAGCCUGCAGCACCAAUUACCCCUCUCGACCGGUCUGACACGGUCCAGACGGUCGAGAGCAUGGCGACCACGCCCCGUCAUGAAGGCUAUAACUCAGGUUUCCCCAGCCCACCACCAUUCGUUCUGCCCGCUACGCCGCUUGCUGAUGCAAAGGGACCUCCAGCUAUUCAGACGCAAAUACCCAAGGCGGAUUCCACGCAGGUACCAGAUGAACCUCGCGAAGCAGAGGAGCGCCAGACUCCACCCGGUGAGGGCACAUAUGUAGAGAAUGCGGAUGGUCGUUCGACUACUACAAUCCAGACUACAGUCGAGAAGGGGGGAGGUGACAAGCUGAAGGAACUUCUGAAGAGGCAUGGGGAGUUUGCGAAGAUCGAGGUAUCGAUCAAGAAGUGGGUGGAGAAGAAAGCUAGGAAAAUGUUGGACGCCGCUUGGGAUUGGGCGGAACGCCAUCACAAGAAACGCAAGAAUCCUGUCCACGGAGAAGAAGAGAUAGGGAUUGUGCUGGACGAUGAGUUCUUGUUCCGCACUGAGAAGGGUGAGGGCAUGAGUCAGCAAGGGGACUUUGAUUUAGAGGACCCCACAGAUUAUACUGCUGGAGAGGCAGAUGGAGCGAACAUCAGAGCUGAGUCUUCUUCCUUUAAGCUGCUGGCCCAAAUCAAGAUCGUGAUCGAGCAGCUCAAGUCCGUGCAUGAGAAGUUGAUGGAUGCUCAGCGCUCUGAUGAAGACAUUGCCGGUGAGCUCGUGAAAGGCGUGGAGCAAGGCAUUCCCGCAAAACACGCAUGCAAGAUGGCGGGGAUGGUUUCGAGAAAACUCAAAAAACAUGGCAUUGCAGACACUGAACUUUCUUUGUUGGCGGAGCCAAAGAAUGUCAAAGUCUCGCACGGCUGUCGCCGGCUUCACGCUUUUGCUGCAAAGACUGGGCGCCGUCUGCCAGUGGAAGUUGUACUAGUGCCCACGAUUGUGCGCAGGAUCUCCAAAGCCAGAGUUCGUGAAGUGGACUAUGACUACCCGACCUUGCCGCUUUCCGCGUGGAUGGAAACCGCAUUCAGCUUUGGUGGUCACUUCUUUCUUGGUGGGAGAAGCACGGAUCAUUUCGCCGAGUUUUCCAACAUCCUGAGGGAUUGGUGGUUGAGUUACAAAGCGGUAGACCCCAACUUGCCAUUUUACAAAGAUUUUCCAGAAGAUGCCUAUGGGUUUUCAUUCCCAAUUGCAAUUCAUGGAGAUGAGGGCCGAGGCCGCUACAAGCGGCCAAUUAUGAUUUUCAGCUAUCAGCCGGUCAUCACCAACUUUGAUGGCAAAGCCAAUUUGAAGGGGGCAACAUACACCAACCGCCUCUUGUAUGCAGCUGUUCCAUCGGCUAUGUACGCCAAGAACGACAAGACUUUUGAUGGAUUGUUUGACGCGCUUGUGCAAGACUUCAAUAGAUUGUACGAAGGGGGCUUUGAAGUUGCCAUCAAUGGUCAGCCAGUGAGAUUGAGACCCGUGUACGUUGGAUUGAAAGGUGAUUGGCCAUUCCUCAGGAAGAUCGCAAAACUGAAGCCAGGUUUCCAAGCUAGAAAUCCCCGGAAGUGUCACCUUUGUGACGUACAAGAGUGGUGGAACAUGUCACCUGAUGGACCUUUGCGCAGCUUAUCUGUUGGGUACAUCAAUCCGUCACCUUUCAAGGCCAAUUGCUAUCUUCCUUUGUCCAACAUCCCCGGGGGCACGGAACCAUCCCGAAUCCAAACGGAUCCUACUCACACCUAUCACAUAGGUUAUGGGAAAGAUGAGAACGCCAGCGCAUUGAUGGUUUUAGUGAAGAUCGGUCACUUUGGGCAAAGGGGUACUGUUGAUGCAAAGUUGGAGAGGGCUUUUGAACGCUAUGCCACUUGGUGUAAGACCAACCGCAAGCAUACCAGCAUUUCCUACUUCAACAAAUUGCAGUUCAAGAUUCAGCAAAGGACUGGUGCAUACCCCUCUGGUGGCGGUAAAGGCCACGAUACAGCCAUCUUGGGAUCCUGGCUGGAAGUUGAGCUUUCUUCAGCAUCCGUGGCCUCAGUCGAUCACCCCUUGUCAGAAGUCCUUGAAGUGGUGAAAUAUAUGAACCGGGCAAGUGGCAGCUUCUGGAGGACGCUCUAUGCCAAUGGGUUCUUCCUAUCUCCCGAUGUGGCAACAACAGCCAUCAGUGCAGGUUGGGCCAUGGUGGAAGCAUACGCUUGCCUGAGUUCACUGACGGCUAGUCUACGACUACGGUUGUUCAAGUGCAGGCCGAAGCUGCACAUGAUGGGCCAUAUACUGCUUGACCUCUCGCACCAACUCACUACCGCGAAUCGUGCUUUGAAUCCAACCGUUUGGAUGUGUUGGGGCGAUGAGGAUUUUAUUGGUAAAAUCAGUAGAUCCUCACGCCAUCAGCACAGCCUUACCACCCCUCAGAGAACAAUCGAGGUCUCACUUCUGAGUUACCACCGAUACUGGAAGGAGUGCUUCCGCUGAGGUCCCUUGCGAGAAAAGCUUGGCCCAGCGCAUCGAUGCCAGUCGUAGGUGUGUGCAUAAGUGUGAGCAGGCGGUCAGGAGAUGAAUGACUUGAGAGGUGGUAUGAGCACUUUUUAGUGGUUAGAUACACUUUUUGGAGGUUGGUAGCGUUUUUAGUUUUGAGCGUUUUUUUUUGUAUCGAAGGGAUGUACAGGCUAAUUAUGUUCUAUAGCUUUACAUUGGUCUUGAGGGUUUUUUCAGGUAC